AAAUUAAUAUUUAAACGACCGAUUCGAUGAAUGCGACAUCAUAAUCUCCAAGUGCAAGAUAAUAGCCAGGAAUCAACAUUUGAUUCCUUGUCAAGGCCACACAAGUUUAUAUCAAUCUCAAGAAAAAAUAUCAAAUCGGAAACGAAAUAUCUUGAGACUUCGAAUCUAAAUCCUUUCUACAAAACACGUAAACUACAAACAAGAUGAAAACAAUUAUUUUUUGCGUAUUCGUUAUCUUCGUCGUUUUUGUGGAGACUGUUUACACACGCUCUAUCGCGAAAAGAUCUCAUAAAACGCCCCACAUCGAUGGAAUGAAUGAGAAACACGAAGAAAGACCCAUGUUCCUGUCUCGUCGUCGUCGCCAUGCCGAUGGCACAAUGACCGAUAGACUCGGAAAACUUUUAGGAAGACAGGGUGCUAAAGAUGUCGUUAACUUAGUGAAGGGAAAAGAUGCUUCUUCAAAUUCACCUCUAACAAAGUGUAUUUCACGACGUUUGCGUAACAGAAAGAAGGUCACAAACAGAUUUUACAAAAGAGUGAUGAUGUCCUGUGUGCGACAUGUAUUCAAGUGAAAAUAUUGUCGAUAAACUAAUGCAAACAACGUGAAAGUGGUACGAUGGAACCUGGUGAAUCUUCAAUCACAUUCCACCGUUAGAGGUUUUCAACUGUGUAACUGACUCAAAUAUGCAAAUACGGAUUUUAAGCUUAUGACUGCUCAACAUUCACCGGCUAUAUUUUUUAAAGAAUACUCUUAUCGUGAUAAACCAAAUGUAAUUGGAACACAUGUAAUGGCUUCCAUAUCGACUAUACACACGAGAGGGAUUUUGAUAACAAUAAGAAACUGAUCA